GGUGUUCCACCAGCUCCUGUCAAAAAUAGCAUUUGGUCAAGUCCUUAUAUAAAAUAUGGUCUCCCACUAGGUUUGCUAGCUACAGCAGGAGCAGUAAUGAUGUUGAAAAGAAAUAAAGCAAAUGUUGUAAAUAAUACUGAAGUAGCUGAAGUUAAACAAACUCCGACACCAUCGCCAAAACCAACGCCUUCACAAACAACACCUUCAAUGACUCCUGAACCUAUGGAAUUACAAACUCCUGUUCAAAAGUCAACUCCAAAACCGACUCCAACAUUUAAACCAGAACCUACUCCUCAAAUAAAUCGUAAAACUCCUGCGUUUCCUUACUGA